CAAGGAGGGGACAGCGCCGGCCCCGCCGCUUCCGCCCCAUAGGCGGGGCGUUGUGCGCUGGUUACCGGUAGGAACGCGGCCCCCGCCGCUGUCCCGCAGGGCGAUGGAGCAGCCCCGGCUCAUCACCGACUCCUUCCCGUUACGGCGGCGGCGGCGGCGGCCGGGCCGAGCCCCGGGCACGGGUAAAGGCAAAGGGAAGGGGAAAGGCACCGGGUGCCCCCGGGUUCCAGCGGCCGAGGAGGAGUCACCGGGGUCCGGUCCGGAUCCGAGCGUCCUGGAGAUGCUGCGGAGCUUCGAUCUGGCGUGGGAGUACGGGCCGUGCACUGGAAUCACCCGCCUGCAGCGCUGGGAGCGCGCACAGGAGCUGGGGCUCAGCCCCCCGGACACGGUGCGUGAUGCCCUCCUGGAGCAUCAGGAUGAUCCCAGCAUCAUCUACAACCUCUGGCACGAGUACGAGCUCUGAGCCGCUGCUGCACCCCAGCGCUGGAGGGAGCAAAGGGGGGGCUGUGCCCGCUGCCCCCCAGGCCUGGCUGCAGCCAGGGUGCAUUAAAGGCUGUGUGGAAGGA